AUGGCGGAGAACUCCAACGGCAAUCGCGUCCACGUGGAACAAGAAGAAGAAGAAUCCGAAAAUCUGAACUACAGAAACGAUAAACCAGUGACACAAACCUUGCCGAAGGUCCUUAACCGUCUCGCUUCCGGCAUACUUUUUCCGGAACCGGCCGACGGUAAUUCCUUACUUCGCCGGAUCAAAAACUCCGUCGCGGAGAACGCUUGUCUCAUUCCAGAAGCUUCUAGAAACUCCGCGCACGAUGUUCUCCUCUGGACUCGCCGUGGAAGUCCUCUCCGCGCUCUCCUCGUUAUCUCUGUUGGGACAGUUACUUUUGUUUCUCUUACAGGACUGCUUGUAUUUAUGCUUUUCUUUCUGACCGCAACCGUAAAUGCCAUUGUCAUAUCGCUGCUGAUGUCUUUGGCUGCAGCUGGAGGGUUCUUGGCUCUUUUCUUUGUUUGUGCUACCGCUAUAUACGUUGGAGCACUAUCAAUAGCCAUAUUUGUGAUUUCUGUUACUACAUUCUGGACAAUUGUGGCUGUUCUGAUUACCUCAGGGUGGAUCGGAUUCUUCUAUACUGUGUGGCUGAUAACUAGGAAGAGCUUCGGGUUGGCCAAACACUCAUUGAGUGUUACUGGCUCUGCAAUCACAACUUACUCUUCUUCUCGGGCAGCACGGCACCUAAUACACAAAGAUUGA